GUGACUGACAGUACCCGCUGCAUUGCAUGCUCCUUCCUUGCCAGAGUGUUUCCAGCCAACCCAUCAUGUUGGUACUGCCCACCCAAGGACCCAUCCCAGAGGCACAUUACUUAGCUCACUUUAUACAGAAAUUAGGGGAGAAGAAGGAAAUGGGAUCUUUGGGUGCAACUAUAACACACUUCCUGUGACUCCACUUGCACCAAGAAGUAAGGAGAGCUGGGAGACCGCUGGCCAGCCACAGGGCUUGUGCCAGAGCAGGUGUCCGAGCCUUUCACAGCCACCCGCCCCUCGGAGCACAGGGCUGGGUGCCAGCAGCCAAUAUCUAGAGUUCCUUUGCUGGACUCCUGGAGGUGGUCAGAUUCUAUGCUUGUGAAAGGAAUUACAGAGCGAGAGAAAGAGAUGGAAAAGGGCGGGAGCCCUGCCUCUGCCCAGGGCUCCCUCUCAGCACAUGCAGCCCGUGGUGGAGUCACAGAGUCACCUGGGAAUCUGAAGCCCUAGUGUGCUGCGUGCAUGCAUUGCCCUCCAACCAAGGCCAUGGGAGGGCAGGACCUGCCAGGGGUCCUUGUGUCUGCACUUGAAGGCCCAACUGCGGUGUUUGAAGGGCAUGUUGGAGACCUGCAAAAACACUUCAGGCUCAUUACCGUGCAAGAAUUCAUGGGAAAUAAAACCCAGCUGGGUCCAAAGAUCCACGCUGUGUAUAUCUGGGGUGGAAAGCCCGCUAUUGACCGGGAGCUUCUGCAGGGCCUGCCCGCCCUGAAGAUUGUUGCCAGUGGAGGGGCCGGUCUGGACCACCUGGACCUGAAGCUCCUCGCCAGCUUUGGCGUGAAGGUGGCCAACACACCAUGCGCUGUGACUGGCCCCACGGCCGACAUGGGGAUGGCCUUACUACUGGCGGCAGCCCGUAGAGUACUGGAAGGUCACCAGUUGGCCAUCUCACCAGAUACAGAGAACUUUUCCAUAAACUGGAUGGGCCAGGAGGUGACGGGGGCCACCCUGGGCAUUGUGGGCAUGGGCAGGAUCGGCUACAAGGUCGCUCAGAGGGCCAGGGCAUUCGAAAUGAAGAUCCUGUACCACAACAGGAAGCGCAGGAAGUUGGAGGAGGAGGAAGUCGUUGGGGCCACCUACUGUGAGAGGCUGGAUGAUCUGCUUCAGCAAUCUGACUUUGUGAUGUUGGCCUUGAGCCUGACGCCCCAGACCCGUGGCCUGAUUGGGAGGAGGGAGCUGAGGCUGAUGAAGCCCACCGCCAUGCUCAUCAACAUUGGCAGAGGUCUGCUAGUGGAUCAGGAUGCACUGCUGGAAGCGCUUCAGACCGAGAUCAUCAAGGCGGCAGCACUGGACGUGACAUACCCGGAGCCCCUGCCCAGAGAUCAUCCUUUGUUGAAAUUGAAGAACAUCACUCUGACCCCUCACAUUGGAAGUGCAACUCAUCAAGGGAGACAACAGAUGAUGGAAAGCUUGGUUGAAAGCAUCCGUGCUUGUCUGGAUGGCCUUCCCAUUCCUAAUGAAGUGCUGCUUAAAUGAUCUAUGUGGGCUGAGAAUACAGAGGGAUAAACACAUGCCAGAUUAAAUGAGAAAAAGUA